AUGAAGAAAAAAGGUGGACGCAGAAAAAGAGUGUCUUCUCAGUUAUCCACUGUAUCAUUGAACAAGGUUGAUAAUAUGCCUGAGCCUGACUUGUCUGAUCGCUCCUUUGCCAACCCCAUUUCCCAAGGAAAUGUUGUAAUGGAUAAUGAUGGGACUGUUGAGGAAGCAUGGUUUGAUUCUCUUGAAGUGCUUGACUCGGACUGUGAUGAUGAUUACCAAAGUGUUCCUGAUGAUUUUAUAUAUCUAAAUGGAACUCAAUCCAACCAUAGAGUUUCAACUGAUCAGGUGCAUAAAACAGGGGAGCUAUCAAAUGGGCAUUCUGCACAUAACUCUGAAGGUGUCACAAAUUCAGAGGCUGAGUCUUAUAAUGUAGGUGUCACGGAUUCUAAAUAUAAGCGAAAGGGAAAUAUAAAUGAAGCAAACGAACAUGUUUUUCUUGAUGAAGUCUCUAUAGUGGAUGCGAGAUCCAAAAGGGAUGAUGAAGAUUUGGACGGAUGCGGCAUUCUUCCAAACAAUUGUUUGUCAUGUCUUUCAUCAAUUGAUCAGAGAUCAUUGUGUACUAGUCCUGAUACAAGGAAGAGGAAUACUACAAAACAUUCUUUUAAAUGGAGUGGAAGUGCUACUCUAUUUUCUUCGAAGACACUUCUACAUAGACCACUAGCUGGUUCUCAGGUACCCUUUUGUCCAAUUGAGAAGAAAAUGCUUGAUUGUUGGUCGUAUAUUGACCCCUGCACUUUUAAAGUUCGAGGAGCAAAUUAUUUGAAGGACAAGAAGAAAGAAUUUGCUCCAAACUGUUCUGCAUAUUACCCAUUUGGCGUUGAUGUAUUUUUGUCCCCACGGAAAAUAGACCAUAUAGCUAGGUUUGUGGAACUUCCUGUGGCGAGUCCUUAUGGGAAACUUCCAGCCAUACUAGUAGUAAAUGUUCAGAUUCCUAUUUACCCUCCCUCACUUUUUCAAGGUGAAACUGAUGGGGAAGGAAUGAGUUUUGUGAUUUACUUUAAACUUUCUGAAAGCUACUCCAAAGAUCUUCCAUUGAAUUUUCAAGAAAACAUCAGAAAGUUGAUGGACGAUGAUGUUGAAACAGUAAAGACUUUUUUAGGAGAUGCAAUUGUCCCCUUCAGGGAAAGAUUGAAAAUUUUAGGUCGUAUUGUCAACCCAGAAGAUCUUCAUUUAAGUGCAGCAGAACGGAAGCUUUUACAGUCUUACAAUGAGAAACCUUUUCUCUCACGUCCACAACAUGAGUUUUACUCAGGAGAAAAUUACUUUGAGUUUGAUUUAGACAUGCAUAGGUUCAGUUAUAUUUCCAGGAAAGGUUUCGAUGGUUUCUUGGACAGAUUAAAGAACUGCAUUCUAGAUGGGAACAAAGCCGAGGAGCUGCCAGAGCAGUGGCGGCCAGAUCAGGCUCAAAGCAAAGGUCAUUGA